AUGCCAAGCACAGCCAUGAAGAAAAAGGUGCUGCUGAUGGGUAAAAGCGGGUCUGGGAAGACCAGCAUGAGGUCCAUUAUCUUUGCCAACUACAUCGCCAGGGACACACGGCGCCUGGGUGCCACAAUUGAUGUGGAGCACUCCCACGUUAGAUUCCUAGGAAACCUGGUGUUAAACCUCUGGGACUGCGGAGGACAGGACACCUUCAUGGAGAACUACUUCACCAGUCAGCGGGAUAACAUCUUCCGCAAUGUAGAAGUCCUCAUCUAUGUCUUCGACGUAGAGAGCCGCGAACUGGAGAAGGACAUGCACUACUACCAGUCAUGCUUGGAGGCGAUUCUCCAGAACUCUCCCGAUGCCAAGAUCUUUUGUCUAGUGCACAAGAUGGACUUGGUGCAGGAGGAUCAGCGGGAUUUGAUUUUUAAAGAGCGUGAGGAAGACUUGAAGCGCCUUUCCCGUCCCUUGGAAUGUGUUUGUUUUAGAACUUCCAUCUGGGAUGAAACACUUUACAAGGCUUGGUCCAGUAUAGUCUAUCAGCUGAUCCCCAAUGUCCAGCAGCUGGAGAUGAACCUGAGGAACUUUGCUCAGAUCAUCGAGGCAGAUGAAGUGCUUCUGUUCGAGAGAGCCACUUUCCUGGUCAUUUCUCACUAUCAAUGCAAAGAACAGCGGGAUGUCCACCGAUUUGAGAAAAUCAGCAACAUUAUUAAACAAUUCAAGCUGAGUUGCAGUAAGCUGGCAGCUUCUUUCCAGAGCAUGGAGGUCAGGAACUCUAACUUUGCUGCUUUCAUUGACAUCUUUACAUCCAAUACGUACGUGAUGGUGGUGAUGUCGGACCCGUCGAUACCUUCCGCGGCCACGCUGAUCAACAUCCGCAAUGCCAGGAAACACUUUGAGAAGCUGGAGAGAGUGGAUGGACCAAAGCACAGCCUGCUCAUGCGCUGAACGUCGGCCAAGGCACGUGGUCUUUGGGGGGAGAAAAAAUGAAUUGGAACUACUUAUUUUUUAGGAGAAUCUAACAAUGUUGAUGUCUUUGUUGGGCUUUGAAAUGAGUGUGCUGCUUUAUUUUUUCUCCUUUGAAACGUUGGACACUAGUGGCUCGGAGGAUGCCUGGAGCCGCUGCGGGCCUUGGGCAGACCUCGCUGGCGCACGCGGGGUCGGGAGGAAGUGAGGACGGGCGGUGUGCGCGUGGGCUCGCGCGCCUGGCUGCCGCGUGGCAGAGCCGGUUUUGGGUGUUUUGCUCCCGGGUGAUCGUCUAAGUCACAGGA